AUGCUCCUCACAAAUGGCUGGGAGGGAGACAGGUUCAAGUCCCCCAUCUGGCCAUUACUGGAAGGGCUGUGGCUCAGCAGCGGAGCAUCUGCUUGGCACGCGGACGGUCCCAAGCUCAAUCCCCGGCAUCUCCAGCAAAAAGGAUCAGGCUGCUGUCCACGGCUGUCCAUCCAGGACGAGCCUGGCCUCGAGGGACUGAUGCAGCCCAAGGCAGCUUCAUGCGUGUCCCCGGCAGCCUGGCGCGGCGGUGAGCGUCUCAGCGGCCGCCUCCGCGAGGCGCAGGUUCGCCGUUGUGAGGAGAAACUGGAGGGAGGCGAGCGCCGGGGGCCGCCCGAGGUCUCCGUCGGAGGGAACGGGCUAGAAACGCGGCCAGGAGCUGCCGCCGCCGCCCUGGGGGCCGGACGGAGGAGAGAGCCUGGCGCGGCGGCGGCGGCGGCCUCCCCCGAGGGAAGGCGCGAGUCAGGCCGAAAGCCCAGAGCCACGCCCGCCUCGGCCCGGGCCAGGACGCGGAGCAGCCGGCAGGCCCCGCGGAAGCAGCCCGGCGACGCGGCCGCGAUGCCCCGCAAGGCGCCCGCAGGCGAGGCCGGCCCGGCGGAGGGCGCGCACCGGAGCUGCGGCUGCCGCUUCCCGCUGCUGGCGGCGCUGCUGCAGCUGGCCCUGGGCGCCUCGGUGGCGGCGCUGGGCUUCGUGGCGGCCGGCGGCAGCGCCUCCCUGCCGGCCAGAGACACGCCGUACUGGGCUGGCCUCCUCCUCUGUGUCGUGGCCUUGCUAGGGCUGGUGCUGGUCUGCAUCUCUUACCAACCGGACGAGAACACCUGUGCCCAGUUUGCCAUCAAGGUCACCUACUUCCUGCUGAGCGCGCUGAGUCUGGUCGUCUGUGUGCUGGCAGUGGCUUUUGCUGCCCACUGUUACGUCCAGAUCACCCACUUUACCUGUGGAACCGUCUUGGAGACCUGCCAGUGUAAACUGGACACAGAGGAUCCCCUCAGCAGGACCUUCAUUUUCCAGGAUGUGUCCGACUGCCCUGACUUCCUCGGCACGCUCCGCAUUUACUUGCUCAUCCAGAUGGUGCUGAACCUCCUGGCUGCCCUUGUGGGCUUUGCGGCGUGUUUUGUAAUGUGGAAGGACAGGUACCAGGUCUUCUACGUGGGUGUCCGGCUGCACCCUUCCACUGCCAGCGGAGCCCAACAACAGAAAGUAUAAGCAUCUGGAGGGAGGGG